AUGAGCCAUCAAGCGCCGCACUACGGUGUUCAGAAGAAGAUGCGAAUGCUCAACGGCAUCGGCGCGAUUCGGAAGCCUUCAAUUGACGAGUCGGCGAAUCGCAUAUGGACUAUCGGUCAUAUUAUCUAUCAGCGAUCAUUGGACUCGAAAUCGAGAAGCUCUCAUAAUGACGGCACCGAUAGUAUCGAUUUCAUCGACGCGACACCUUGGAAGUCGGAGCGGUGA